GGCCCCUCCCCCGGGCGGCUCCCGUGGUGCGGGCAGAGCCGUGCCGUGCCGUGCCGAGGCGAUCCGCGCCGUCCCGUUCCUGCCUGUCCGCGUCAUGUCGUCGGCCGGCAGCCUGAGCACCAUGCAGCGCCUGGUGGAGCAGCUGAAGCUGGAGGCCGCCGUGGAGAGGAUCAAGGUCUCCCAGGCAGCUGCAGAGCUCCAGCAAUACUGUAUGCAAAAUGCCUGCAAAGAUGCCUUGCUGGUUGGGGUUCCUGCAGGCAGCAAUCCCUUCCGCGAGCCCAGAUCCUGCACUCUGCUCUGAAGUCAGGGAAGGUCAUCAGGAGAUGCCUUGAAGCAUGACGUGACUAACUAUGGCCUUUUCCUCAAGAAAAGUGUCUCUGUGCCCUUACUUCCGUGUGGCUAAAACUUGGAUAUUUUUCUGUUCAUUCUAGUGCAUUCAUACCUCACUCCGUUUUACUAAUGUUUUUAUAGUUUUUUUAAUGUAAGUAGCAUUCUUUUUGUAAAAGUCACCAUUCUUACUACACUUUGCUAUCUGUACAAAUACUACUUGAGAAUUUUACAUUUUAGAAAACAAAAACAUGAUUAUUUUUACCAGAUUACCUAUUUCUAACUUGGUAGGUUGUUAGACUGGAGUGAUGGUAAAAACUAUUUGUAUUUUCCAAAACAGAACAUCUGAAAAGUGAACUGUUAAAACAUAAAAGCAAAUGCUGAUAGUCUUAUGAGAAAUGUUCUCAGAAGGAACUUUUCUUUAAAUAGCAAGACCUGAAACCAGCAAUACUUUUUUUUUUUUUCAAGUGUUUCUAAGUCCACAAAUGACACCUAUUAGAAACUGCUUGACACCGUGUGUAGCACAGUCUUGUUUCGCAAGGCACUUUACUUAUAAAAGUCCUAAACUGUUUAAUGCUUCUCAUAAUUUGUAUUCGUAAACAUACUGCCUUGGUGGAAUCUCAUGUUUAAAUGUUUAAAAUGUAACCAAACUCACUCUAAAAACACAUAAGCAUCCAAGGUCGGUUGCAUGCGUGACUUUCAGGGUUUGAGGUGCACAAAAUUACCAAGUUCCACAAAUAAAAUACGCUUGGUCACUUGCCUUCACUUUUCUAUAGAACACUUUUACAAGGACGACUUUUUUUACUAGGUUUUUCAUUUUGUUUACUUUCUAUUGUUUGUAUUAAUCUUCGAAAAGUUUGGAAAUAAAAUUCCUUUCCCUUCUGG